AUGUUUGGAUGGGAAGAGGAAGUCAAUCUAAUCAUUCCAACUAUAUUAGAUCCAUAUUUUAAAAUGACCCUAUUACCACCAGAAAAGCAUGCUGAGUAUAAAGAAAUGUUAAUCAAUGAAAUUCAAAAAGAGUGUCCAGCAACUAUAGAUAUGGAAUGCGAAUCAGUCUCUACUUGUAAUGAAUUAAAUAUGUUUGAAGAAGUUAAGGAUUAUUUUGCUGGAACUAGUCGUGUUGAUGUUAUUUCUCCACCAGCGAUUGAUGAGAAAUUACAAACUUUAGCGGUCGAAGAUUAUUUAACAAGACCUGCAGAGACAAAUUACUCUGAUGUUGCUUCAUUUUGGAGAAGUAAAUUAAAUCAAGCAAAAUACCCACACUUAACUCAGCUUUAUACAAAAUUUUGUUGUGCGCCUGCUACAUCAUCUGAAUCGGAAAGACUUUUUUCAACUGUCAACACAACAUUAAAUGAUAUGAGAAAAAGCUUGAACGGAGAGCAUUUAGAACAAUUAGUAUUUAAUCAUCAUAAUAUUUUGAUCAGUGGAUUUGCUGAUAUUUGA